CAGCAUUCGCCUACUAGCUGUAGGCUAUUUUUUCAUCCUUGAACUUUAUCCGUCCGCCGAUCACGGUCAUUUGAUCGUACAAAUCUGUUUUGUGUUGUUCGAAAAUCCGGAUUUCGAUCCGCUAGAACCACCCAGCCAUGGCGAUGAUGUUCCGGAGCGAGGAGAUGGCUUUAUGCCAGAUGUUCAUCCAGCCGGAGGCGGCCUACACCUCCGUCUCGGAGCUGGGAGAAACGGGUGCUGUCCAGUUCCGUGAUCUCAACGCCGACGUGAACGCGUUUCAGCGGAAGUUCGUCAGCGAGGUGCGCCGCUGCGACGAGAUGGAACGCAAGCUGCGCUACGUCGAGGGCGAGGUGAAGAAGGACUCGGUCCAGAUCCCGGAGUGCUCCGUCGACGAUUGGCCGCGGGCACCAAAUCCGCGCGAAAUCAUCGAGCUUGAAACGCGCCUGGAGAAGACGGAAAACGAAAUUCUCGAGCUGUCGCAGAACGCGGUCAAUCUGAAGUCGAACUAUCUCGAGCUGACCGAGCUGAAGCAUGUGCUGGAGCGGACGCAAUCGUUCUUCUUCGAACAGGAGGUGCACGUCAGUGCCGAUGCCACCAAGGGUAAUCUGAUUGCGGAGGAUCCGAAUGCGGCGCAAAGCCGAGGACGGCUCGGUUUCGUGGCCGGUGUGAUUCAGCGCGAGAAGAUGCCGGGUUUCGAACGGAUGCUCUGGCGUAUCUCACGUGGUAACAUCUUCCUGCGUCAAGUGGAGCUGGAAGAUCCACUGGAGGACCCGGCCACGGGUAAUGAGAUCUUCAAAACCGUGUUCGUGGCGUUCUUCCAAGGCGAACAGCUGAAGGCUCGCAUCAAGAAGGUGUGCACCGGGUACCAUGUGUCGCUCUACCCGUGCCCGAGCUCCGGCUCGGAACGCACGGAAAUGGUAAAGGGUGUCUGCACGCGUCUGGAGGAUCUGAAGAUGGUACUGAACCAAACGCAGGAUCACCGCUCGAUCGUGCUCGCGACCGUCGCCAAGGAGCUGUUCAACUGGCGCAUCAUGGUGAAGAAGAUGAAAGCGAUCUACCACACGCUGAACCUGUUCAACAUGGAUGUCACGAAGAAGUGUCUGAUUGGCGAGUGCUGGGUACCGGUCCCGGACCUGCCGAAGGUGCAGAAGGCCCUCUCGGAUGGGUCGGCGGCCGUCGGUAGCACGAUUCCGUCGUUCCUGAACGUGAUCGAAACGAACGAAGCACCGCCGACGUACAACCGUACGAACAAGUUUACGCGCGGCUUCCAAAAUCUGAUCGAUGCGUACGGUAUUGCGUCGUACCGUGAGGCCAAUCCGGCCUUGUACACGAUCAUCACGUUCCCAUUCUUGUUCGGCAUCAUGUUUGGCGAUCUUGGACACGGUUUGAUCAUGACACUGUUUGGUCUGUGGAUGGUUACCGGGGAGAAGAAGCUGGGCGCGAAAAAGUCAACGAACGAAAUCUGGAACAUCUUCUUCGGCGGUCGAUACAUCAUUCUGCUGAUGGGCUUGUUCUCCAUGUACACUGGCUUCGUGUACAACGAUAUCUUCUCGAAGUCGAUGAACAUAUUCGGAUCGGCCUGGAGCAUCAAUUAUAACGUCUCGACGGUGAUGCACAACAAGGACCUCACGCUGAAUCCUGGCUCGAGUGACUACAACGUCGACAUCUACCCAGUUGGGUUGGAUCCGAUCUGGCAGAUGGCGUCCAACAAGAUCAUCUUCCUGAACUCGUACAAGAUGAAGCUGUCGAUCAUCUUCGGUGUGGUGCACAUGAUCUUCGGUGUGUGCAUGAGUGUGGUCAACUAUAACUUCUUCAAGCGUCGCGUCAGCAUUGUGCUGGAGUUUUUGCCGCAAAUUAUCUUCCUGGUGCUGCUGUUCGCGUACAUGGUGUUCAUGAUGUUCAUGAAGUGGGUUGCUUACACGGCCAAGACCGAUUUCCAGCCGCGCACUCCCGGCUGUGCGCCGUCCGUGCUGAUCAUGUUCAUCAACAUGAUGCUGUUCAAGAACAGCGAACCGUUCCACGGUUGCAACGAGUUCAUGUUUGAGGGUCAGAACGAGCUGCAGCGUACGUUUGUGUUCAUUUCGCUUAUCUGUAUCCCUUGGAUGCUGCUUGGUAAACCGCUUUACAUGAUGAUCCAGAGAAAGAAAGCUUCUCCGACCCCUAUUCCAACGAACGGUGAUGUCAACCAGGGCGCAAAUCACGCCCCAAAACCCCACGACCCGCACGAUGAUGAACCGAUGGCAGAGAUUUUCAUCCAUCAGGCAAUCCACACCAUCGAAUACGUUCUGAGUACCGUCUCCCACACUGCCUCGUACCUCCGCCUGUGGGCUUUGUCACUUGCUCAUGCCCAGCUCUCGGAAGUGCUAUGGAACAUGGUGCUGUCGAUGGGAUUGAAGCAGGAUAGCUACAAGGGUGCGAUUAUGCUGUACUUCGUGUUCGGUGCAUGGGCCCUGUUCACCCUUGCCAUUCUGGUCAUGAUGGAAGGAUUGUCCGCAUUUUUGCACACCUUGCGUUUGCAUUGGGUCGAGUUCAUGAGCAAGUUCUACGAAGGUUUGGGAUACGGUUUCCAGCCCUUCUCCUUCAAGGUGAUCAUCGACAAUGAUGAGGACCCAGAGUAACUUUUACUCGAAAAAGGCCCAAUCUCGCUUCAACGAAAGGCUUCACCCUUUCCGGCAACACCGUAGUAUUCAUGGGUUUUUGAUUUCAACGGAUCAUUUCCUCGAACGGUGGUAAAUUGAAAUCCAAUGAAAACACCCCAAGUAGAAGUGCAAUAAGGUAACACUAAAUGCACUGUAUAAUUGCAAGCAAAACCAGGUGUCGUUUGUGUUUUAAUUUGUUUGUGAUGACUCGUACCUUUGAUCGCAAAGAAAAACAACUUAAGCGAACGUUUAGCUUU